AUGCCGAACAACGCGAUACCCCGGCGUGUGGACAACAACCCCAAGACCAUAGACCAGAUACACAAGGAGGUGGAAAAGGAGAACCAAGAGAAAGCCUUCCUAUCCGAACAGGCUCAGAUGCAGAAUAAAUCACAGGGCGGUCGGGGAGGUCGUCGAGGACCGCCGAGUGGUCAGAUGGGAGGCCAGGCUGGCCCUGAUGGCUGGAACAUGGUGGGGGCCCCGCGUACCCCCCUCAAAGUGGACCGCUCCAUCGACGCAUCCAAGAUGAAGAUCUCACGGCAAAAUGUGGAUGACAGUAUACAACUGAGGCCCGGGGGAGGUGCUGGCAGGUUUGCAAGCUGGGGCCGGGGCACUACUCGGGGCACAGCUGGGGGACGUGCUUCCAUGGAGAAGGAGAAACAGCAGCAGAACAAAGCAUUCGCUAACAGGUUCUCUGCACUUAGCAAGCCUGAGGAGGACUCUAGUCGUCGUAUGGGAGGUAGCAGUCCUGCUCGAGGGGACUCCAGGGGGAGCCGCGGAGGCUUCGGUCGACCCAACCUCAGUAUGCAGCUGUCACAGGAGCAGGAGCGCGAGAAGGCUGUAGCUGCUACCAAGGCAAUUGUAGCCAACCAGCACCAGGAGGAGUAUGUGAGCCGAGAGGGGCGGGGCAGGGGUAGAGUCUCCUCCGCCGAGCCACGCCCCACCACAGUAACGCCCCCGCCUGCUGUCGUCCCUAGCAACAACGCCAAGUUGCUCCCACAUGAUGAGAUGGAGAAGAAGACCAAGGCAAUACUUGACAAGUACUUCCAGAUUCAUGAUGUCAAGGAGGCACAGGACUGUGUUAAGGAGAUUUCAGAGGUCAACCACGGCCACUUUGUGAGCUCGGCCAUGAACCACGUGCUGGAGCGCUCUUCGCAGUCUCGCAAGCUGACGGGCUUCCUGCUGCAUUGGCUGGUCAAACAGCAGAUCAUCUCUAUGGAUAGCUACAUCAGCGGGCUGUUGGAGGUGCUGGAGUUUGCAGAGGACCUUGAGAACGACAUUCCCAAGAUCUGGCAGUACUAUGGCGAGAUGAUCAGCCCCAUGAUACAGGACAGCAGCGUGCCCCUGUCCUUCCUGAAGACUGCGGUGGGGCCGCUGUCACAGACCAACAAGGCCGGCGUGCUGCUGGCUGAGAUACUUCAUGAUGCUAGUCAUAGAGAGGGCUACAAGAAAGUUGCUGGUCUGUGGACCUCGUCUGGUCUCACCUGGUCUGACUUCGUUUCCAUGAAUCAGAUAGAGCAAUUCCUGCAAGACAAGGGACUGGAGUUCACAAAGGGAGGUGACAGCGCCCCCUCCACGCCAACCACAGGUCUUCCAAUCCUCCAGAUCUCCGAGAGACUACACGAGCUCAUCGUAGACAAACGGCUCAAUAAUGAGGCUGUGUUUUAUUGGAUAGAGUCUAAUGUGGACGAGCCGACCAUUAAGUCCAAGUUAUUCAUCCGGGCGCUCAUGACUGCUGUGUUAACCAGUGCAAUUAAAGGUGAUAAGGGCAAGGAGAAGUUGGAGCCCAAGGACCUGAGUGCCCGUAGCGAUCUGCUGCAGGCGUACUUGGACCACCAGCCCGAGUUUGAACUGGAGGCAAUGUACGCGCUGCAGGAGCUCAUCACACAUCUCGAACACCCACAGGGUCUACUGCGCGGCAUGUUUGACAUUCUUUACGACGAAGACGUCAUUGCGGAGGACGUGUUUUUGCAAUGGGAGAGGAGUGACGAGGAACCCGAGGGCAAGGGGACAGCCCUAAAACAGGUCGUGCAGUUCUUCAAGUGGCUCAAUGAGGCGGAGGAGGACAGCUGA